AUGGAUUUAAGUUCUCCUCAUGCAUCCUUCCAAGUAUUUCUAAUUAUAACUAUCAAAUCAGGCUAGAGAUUUAAAAAUUAUUCAUACUCAACACUAUAUAACAAAGCCUCCAUGUGAUCCUAAAAUUAUGACAUUUGGUGCAUUCCAUACUGAUCAUCUAUUAGAAAUAGAUUGGUCUGAUAAAAUGGGGUAAAAUAAACACUGACAUUUAGUUGGUCAAGACCAAUGAUAGUUCCAUUUAAAAACUUUGAACUUCAUCCAUUCUCAUCUUGUUUGCAUUAUGCAAUCGAAUGUUUUGAAGGCUCUAAAGUAAUUAUUAUAUAUAACAUUAUUUAAAAGGCUUAUAAAGGACCUAAUAAUACAAUAAGAGUGUUUCGAUUAGAUUGCAAUAUGUUUAGAAUGAAACAUUCAGCAAAGAGAUUAUCUCUACCAGAUUUUGAUGGACAUGAAUUAUAGAAAUGCAUAGAAGCAUUGAUAAAAGUAGAUUAAGAUUGGAUUCCAGCUAAUCCUGGGUUUAGUUGUUAUAUAAGACCAACUUUGAUAGCUACAGAAGAGGCUUUGGGAGUGAGAGCUUCUAGUAGAGCUAAAUUAUUUGUAGUACUUUGCCCUGUUGGACCAUAUUUUCCAUCUGGAUUAAAACCUGUUCGUGUCUUCUGUAAUACAAUAACUGUAAUUGAUGAUAUUUUAUUUUUAGAUACGCUCUUAUCCAGGAGGUGUUGGAGAAUAUAAAGUUGCUGGAAAUUAUGCUCCUACUGUAUUACCAUUAAAAGAAGUUUAAAAGAUUGGAUUUCAUUAAAAUUUGUGGCUACUUCCAGAUGGUUUGGUUUAGGAGAUGGGUGUAUGUAAUUUGUUUUUCUAUUGGAAAAAUAAAUAAGGAGAGAAUGAAUUGAUUACUCCAAUGCUAGAUGGAACAAUACUUCCAGGAGUAGUUAGAGAUUCCAUCUUAGUAUUUAAUUAUUAUAUUAAUUUUAGAAUUUGGCAAAAUAAAUUAAUAAGUUUAAAGUUAUCGAAAGGAAAGUCUACAUUUAAGAGGUUGUAGAAGCUAUAUCAGAAGGGAGAGUAAAUUAUAAUAUUAUUUUUAGAUGAUUGAAAUGUUUGGAUGUGGAACAGGAGUUAUGGUAUAACCUAUUGAAGCUAUAGGUUUCAAUGAUAAAAUUUAUGAAGUUAAAUAUAAUACUAAUUUGAAUUCUGGAGAACUUACUCAUCAUUUAUAUUAAUUAUUAAAUGAAAUAUAAACAGGUGAAAGAACACAUGAAUGGAUUAGUAUAAUUUGA